UCGCGCCGCGGCCAGUCCCGCCCCGAGCCGUUGCUAUGGGCACCGGGUAGCGUCCGUUGAGGUCGGCGGCUCAUCAGCCCGCGGCUGCCCGGCCCGGCCCCGCCAUGAGCCUGGACGAUGUCCGCGUGCAGUGGAUGCGGGACCGGGUGCUGAACGCCCUGGGCCUCUCCGACCAGGCGCCCUUCGAGGAGCUGCUGAACCGGGGCGAUGGCGAGGAGGGCGAGACCGUGCUGCGCUUCCUCAACCAGCGCGCGGCCGGCGAGGAGGGGGAGGUGGCGGGGGCCGCGCUGCUGCUGCGGACCGAGCUGCGUCAGGAGGAGAUCGAGAUCGAGAUCGUAGAAACAGAGGAGCCUACCAUAUCUGAAAAUGAAAAGGAGGAAGAUCCAGAUAACCCUCGUCAGGAGGAGUUGGCUGAGGCCGCCUCAGUUGGAGCAGAAGGAAAGAGGGAUUGGAAAAGCAAAGCAUCUGCUUCAGAAUUUCUAGACACUAAAUCUUUGCGAGAUAUAUCACAUCUAUCCAUUGUGUCGGGUUUGAGUGACCUAGCCCAAGGAUUUGCAGGUGAAAGCAGAGAGCAAAUAUUCAAAAUCAUAAAACAGACAGUUUACAACCUAUAUUUUCAUGUGGCUUUUAAUGACAUUUCUGAAGAAUUUGUACAUGAUGAUAUUAUGUUCUUUCUCAGAGAUACAAGAGAAACAGUUAGUGAGCCUAAUGAUGUGAACGAAGCUAAUGAAAUUCUGCCUGAUUUGCUCGAGUGUGGCAUUCUGAAUGGUCACACUCUUUUGAUGCUGAAGAAUAUUUUCUCACAGGUUUUUUUGCCUGCUUUGUCCCAUAAUCAGCACAAGGCUGAGGAACCUGCCUUUCAUCCAGACACCGAAAAGCCAGAGGCUGAAGACAGGCGUUUAGCUGAAGCUGAGCCUCUUGAAAAAAAGAAAGAGCAGUCUGUGGAAUUUCACAGUUUUCACAUAAUAAGGAAUGAGUUCUUAAUGAACAUGCAGAAAUUCCUAAGCCAUAUUCAAAGGACUAUACAGCAGAUUGAAGGAGAGAUUAAAUUGGAGAUGCCAACUAUAAAUCUAGAUGCAGAAGUGAGUGAACUUGCCACAGAUCCAGAAGUGAUUGAAACAUUGGAGCACUGUGGAAUGACCUGGCUAACAUUAAUAUCCACAGCCGUUGAGGAACAACUCAGAAAGGUCCCACAGGGUAAUGGCCCACUAGCAGAAAUUGACCUGUGGCGUGAAAGAAAUGCUACUCUAAGUGCUCUGACUGAACAGAUAAAGCUCCCAUUAGUGAAAAAAAUCUUAGCAAUACUAAAGGAAGCUGAAUCUGGACUUCUUGAAAAUUUGCAGAUAGUCAUAAAUGAUCUUAGCAGGCACCAUGUGGAAGCUGUAGAUAAUGUUAGGUUUCUUUCAACUCUGGAGCGCCAUUUGAAGAAUUUAACUCAUGGCACUGGAUUUAAUAUUGUCUUGGAUACAAUUCCUUCAAUGAUGAACGCACUGAGAAUGGUUUGGAUUAUCUCACGGCAUUACAACAAGGAUGAGCGAAUGAUACCCCUCAUGGAAAGAAUUGCAUGGGAAAUUACAGCAAGGGUCUGCAAAGUUGUGGACUUACGGACUUUGUUUAAAGAAGAUAGAAGCAUUGCAAAAACUAAAUUGCUGGAAGCCAAAGGCACUCUUGAAAUGUGGAAAAAAUCCUAUUUCGAUAUUCGUGCCCAAAUUGAAGCCUCAGGAAGAGACCAACGAUGGGAAUUUGACCGAAGGCGUCUAUUUGAAAAAACAGAUUAUAUGGCUUUGAUCUGUCAAGAUCUGUAUGAUAUUGUGCAGGUUAUUGAAGAGUUCUACAAUAUAUUUGGUACUGAACUGAAGGCUGUCACUGGAGAUCCAAAGCGCAUUGAUGAUGUAUUGCGAAGGGUUGAUGGGCUAAUUAGUCCUAUGGAAGUGCUGACUUUUGACCCUUUUAGCAUCAAAUGUGCAUCUCAGUGGAAAUUUGUUAUGGAAGAUUUUAAAUCGGAAGUGCUGGUUAUAGAAAAAGAGGCCAAGAACUUUAUUGAUGAGUCCUUUAAGACCCUUCGAUCAGCAGAGGCUGCUUUUGACAUGCUCUUAAACUUUAAACACAUCCGCUCUCGGGAUGCCAUCAAUAGACAGAUGAUGAUGAAAUUUAAUGAUAUUCUGGCACAGUAUUGUAAAGAGGUUGACAUAGUUAAUAACAUCUUCAUCCAAAACCUCAGUAAUCCACCUCUGUACAAGAAUCAUCCUCCAGUGGCUGGAGCAAUAUAUUGGUCACGAUCCCUUUUCCAUCGUAUCAAACACACUAUUAUUCGGUUUCAAGAAGUAGAGGAGUUGCUGGCUGGUGAGCGUGGGAAGGAGGUAAAACAAAAGUAUCUGGAAGUGGCUAAGAGAAUGAAAGAAUAUGAAGAUCUGAAAUAUGAUCAUUGGAGGGACUGGACUGAACAGGUGCUCCCAGUAUUAUUGAAAAAAACCCUGCUUGCUAAAGUCCAUUCUUCUGGGACCAUAGUCCAAGCUAAUUCAGAGCCCUCCGAUCAGAGCCCGCAUUCUGAAGAGGUUGACACCGGGGAGAAGUGGAGUCGUUUCACAGUCAAUUUUUCUCCCAAACUCCAAGAGGUUAUCAAUGAAACAAAAUACAUGGAGCAGCUGGGGUUUCCAGUACCUGAAAUAGCAAGGAACGUGGCACUACAGGAGGACAAAUUUCUUAGAUACACAGCCGGAAUGAAACAGAUGUUGGAUCACUAUCACAAAUUAAUGGGAACACUAAAUGAAGCAGAAAUCCAGCUUCUUGAUGAUCAUAUUCAAGAGCUUUGGAGAGUAUUUAGAUCAGGGUACAAGAGACUCAACUGGAACUCCUUAGGUAUUGGUGACUAUAUUGUUCGGUGCACACAAGCCAUUGGGAAGUUUGAAUCGCUUGUACAUCAGAUUCAUAAGAAUGCCGGAGAUAUAAACAACAAGCUUUUAUUAAUAGAGUCAACAAAUCUAUUUAAAUCCCCACCUUUGAAAAAUGAGGAUGAACUUCCUGGAGUGAAGGAAUUCUUUGAGUAUAUUAAGCGCGAAAGAUCUAAAGAUGUGGAACACAUUGUUAGAAAGUAUGUUGCCAUUGGACCCUUGCUAACAAAAAUGGAAGGGCUGGUUGCCAACACCAACACUGGCAAAGCUUCAAAACUAGCACCCUAUUAUGCAUUUUGGGAAAAUAAAAUCUAUCAUACAUUGACACAGUUAGUUCUGAAGAAUUUGCAGGCUUUUAAUGCGGCCGUUCUUCGGGAUGUCCCACUGUUCCAAACAGAAACUAUUUUAUCUGCUCCUGAGAUAAUCCUGCAUCCUAAUGCCAGUGAAAUUGACAAAAUGAGUGUUCAUUGUAUCAGAGACUGUGUUGAAGUCACCAAGCAUUUUGUACGGUGGAUGCACGGCACCUGUAUCGACUGCCCCCCUCAGCACGCUGAAGAAGACGAACUCAUCACCUUGAGUUUUUUUAAUGACAUCUCUCAGAACCCACUAAUAAUCGAACAGGCUGUUCUCAUCACUCAAAACAUACACAAGCUCCUGAAUUCUCUCACCAAGUACUUGAAUCGAUGGAAGCGAUAUCGCCCUCUGUGGAAAUUAGAUAAAGCCAUUGUUAUGGAGAAGUUUGCUGCAAAGAAACCAGCUUGUGUCACCUUUGAUGAAAAGUUGCAGUUCUAUAUUAAGAUAGCUCAAGAAGUGACUCAACAGCCCUUGAUUAAAGAUGAACAGUGCAUUAGGCUUAACCUGGGCCCUUUAGCCUACACAGUACAGGAAAAUGCAAAAGGUUGGGUGACUUCUCUUGGAAAACUUCUCAAUGAAUCUGCAAAAGAGGAACUCUUCAGUCUUCAGGAAGAAAUUGAGAGAUUAUCACAAAACCUUAGGAAAACUCCUGAUUCUUUGGAAGAUCUCAAAUUUGUUCUUGGCACAAUUGCAGAGAUCAAAGAUAUGACUCUACAGGUGGAAUUGAAAUAUUUAGACAUUCAGGAGAGAUACCGGACCCUUGCAGUAUAUAACAUUCCUACAACUGAAGAAGAGAGAGAGCUGGUCGACAAGAUUAAGCAAAUGUGGGAGACCCUCUUAUUUGAUUCAUCGGAAGUUGAUCACAGCCUUGGAAGCAUCAAAAAGACAUUCACGGAGAUUACAAGGGAGCAGAUUGGAGACUACAGUAGCCAGAUAGCAGAUUUUUUCCACAGAUUUUCUACUGAGGGGCCUGGUGCUGUUGGGGAGAAUCUUGACAAAGGAUUGGAACUGUUAGAUAUUUUUGAUAAGGAAUUGGAAAAACAUGAGAAAAAUCGUCAGGAGUUGGCUAAUGCUGAGAAACUUUUUGACCUUCCAAUCACAAUGUACCCUGACUUAUUAAAAGUGCAGAAGGAUAUGAAGGGUCUAAAGCAGAUCUAUGAAAUUUAUAAGUUGCAAAGAGCUGCUAAAGAGGAAUGGUCGCAGACCCUUUGGGUAAAUCUCAAUGUGCAGUUUCUCCAAGAAGGAAUUGAAGGAUUUCUUAAAAGCCUCCGAAAGCUGCCCAAGCAAGUGCGCAGCUUGCCGGUGGCUUAUCACCUGGAAGCAAAGAUGAAGGCAUUCAAGGACUCCAUUCCUUUGCUGCUUGAUUUGAAAAACGAAGCAUUGAGAGACAGGCAUUGGAAAGAUCUUAUGGAGAGAACUGGCACUAGUUUUGAAAUGACAACAGCAACUUUCACCUUGGAGAAUAUGUUUGCUAUGGAGCUGCACAAAUACUCAGAUGUUAUCAAUGAGAUAGUGGGAUCUGCUGUUAAAGAGCUUAGCAUUGAGAAGGGUGUUAAGGAGAUAGUGGAAACUUGGGAGAACAUGAAGUUCACCGUACAAAGGUAUUUCAAAGGCACUCAAGAGCGAGGCUUUAUUUUGGGGCCUGUCGAUGAAAUUACUCAGAUUCUUGAUGACAAUGCCGUCAAUCUUCAGAGUAUCUCAGGCAGUCGAUUUGUAGGUCCUUUUCUAUCAACAGUUCACCACUGGGAAAAAACUCUGUCCUUGAUUGGUGAAGUUAUUGAGGUCUGGAUGGUGGUUCAGAGGAAAUGGAUGUACCUGGAAAGCAUCUUUAUUGGUGGGGAUAUAAGAUCACAGCUUCCAGAGGAAGCAAAAAAAUUUGACAACAUAGACAGGAUAUUUAAAAGGAUAAUGGGUGACACUGUAAAAGACCCAGUGAUAAAAAAAUGCUGUGAAGCCCCAAAUCGACUCACAGACCUCCAGCAGAUAAGUGAUGGUCUAGAGAAAUGUCAGAAAAGCUUGAACGAUUAUCUGGAUUCAAAGCGGAAUGCUUUCCCCCGAUUUUUCUUUAUAUCUGAUGAUGAGUUGCUCAGCAUCCUUGGUAGUAGUGACCCACUCUGCGUUCAGGAACACAUGAUAAAGAUGUAUGAUAACAUAGCAUCACUGAGAUUUCAGGAGGGUGAUAGUGGUGAAAAAAUUGCAACAGCCAUGAUUUCAGCCGAAGGAGAAGUGAUGGAGUUCCGGCGGGCUAUUGCAGCAGAAGGCCGAGUCGAGAACUGGAUGACAGCUGUUCUGGUUGAAAUGAGAAGAACAAACAGACUUAUUACUAAAGAGGCCAUUUUUCGAUACUGUGAAGAUAGAAGCAGAGUUGACUGGAUGUUGAUGUAUCAAGGCAUGAUGGUGCUGGCUGCUAAUCAGGUCUGGUGGACCUGGGAGGUGGAAGACGUCUUUCACAAAGUGAAGAAAGGAGAAAAACAGGCAAUGAAACUUUAUGCUAAGAGAAUGCACGAGCAGAUUGAUGCCCUGGUUACCCGAAUCACAAAGCCAUUAAAUAGAAAUGACAGAAAAAAAUACAAUACUGUUCUCAUCAUUGAUGUCCAUGCCAGAGAUAUUGUUGAUUCGUUUGUAAGAGACAGCAUCAUGGAAGCUCGAGAGUUUGAAUGGGAAAGCCAGCUGCGUUUUUACUGGGAUCGAGAGCCGGAUGACCUGAAUGUGCGUCAGUGCACUGGCACCUUUUCCUAUGGUUAUGAAUAUAUGGGCUUGAAUGGAAGACUAGUUAUUACUCCCCUUACAGAUCGUAUCUAUCUAACACUCACACAGGCUUUAUCCAUGUUUUUGGGAGGAGCACCUGCAGGGCCAGCAGGUACAGGGAAAACGGAGACAACCAAGGAUCUGGCCAAAGCCCUGGGCUUGCUGUGUGUUGUAACAAACUGCGGUGAAGGCAUGGAUUUCAAAGCAGUUGGUAAAAUUUUCUCCGGUCUUGCCCAGUGUGGGGCAUGGGGAUGCUUUGAUGAAUUUAAUCGGAUAGAUGCUUCUGUGCUUUCAGUCAUCUCUUCUCAGAUCCAGACAAUACGAAAUGCUCUAAUGAAUCAGUUGAAAACAUUUCAGUUUGAAGGGCAGGAAAUUUCCCUGGAUGCACGAAUGGGCAUUUUUAUAACCAUGAAUCCUGGGUAUGCUGGCCGUACUGAGCUCCCUGAAUCUGUAAAAGCUUUAUUCAGGCCUGUGGUUGUGAUUGUACCAGAUCUCCAGCAAAUCUGCGAAAUCAUGCUCUUUUCUGAAGGUUUUCUUUUGGCAAAGGCCCUUGCCAAAAAGAUGACAGUAUUAUACAAGUUAGCAAGAGAGCAACUUUCUAAACAGCAUCAUUAUGAUUUUGGACUGCGUGCUCUCAAGUCUGUACUUGUGAUGGCUGGAGAACUGAAGAGAGGAUCACCUGAUCUUAAUGAGGAUGUGGUAUUGAUGAGAGCUCUCCGAGAUAUGAAUCUUCCUAAGUUUGUGUUUGAAGAUGUACCUCUCUUCCUUGGCCUGAUCUCUGACUUGUUUCCUGGCCUGGAUUGUCCUCGAGUCCGCUACCCUAACUUUAACGAUGCUGUAGAACAAGUGCUAGAAGAAGGUGGUUAUGUCGUUUUACCAAUCCAGGUGGAUAAAGUAGUUCAAAUGUAUGAGACAAUGUUAACUCGUCAUACUACUAUGGUGGUUGGACCUACUGGAGGUGGCAAGUCUGUUGUCAUUAAUACUUUGUGCCAGGCCCAAACCAGGCUAGGAUUAGUGACAAAGGUUUAUAUGCUGAACCCUAAAGCUAUGAGUGUGAUUGAGCUGUAUGGUAUUCUUGACCCUACCACACGAGAUUGGACAGAUGGAGUUCUAUCAAACAUCUUCAGGGAAAUCAACAAACCUACUGAUAAGAAAGAGCGAAGGUACAUUUUAUUUGAUGGAGAUGUGGAUGCUCUCUGGGUGGAAAAUAUGAAUUCUGUAAUGGAUGAUAACAAGUUGUUAACCUUGGCCAAUGGGGAACGCAUCAGGCUGCAGGCUCACUGUGCUCUGUUAUUUGAGGUUGGAGACUUACAGUAUGCAUCUCCUGCUACCGUAUCCCGUUGUGGGAUGGUCUUUGUAGAUCCUAAAAACUUGAAAUAUAAGCCGUACUGGCAGAAAUGGCUUAACCAGAGAGGAAACAAGCAAGAACAAGUUGAGUUAAAUCGUCUCUUUGAAAAAUAUGUACCAUACCUUAUCGAUAUGAUUGUAGAAGGAAUUAUGGAUGGCAAGCAAGGAGAGAAGCUGAAAACCAUUGUUCCCCAAACAGAUUUAAAUAUGGUGAUGCAGUUGACUAUGAUGCUGGAAGCCGUAGUAGGGCUGGAACCCGAUGAUCCUGAUGUUCUGGAGUGCUACUUCCUGGAAGCUUUGUAUUCCUCUUUAGGUGCUACCCUCCUUGAUACUGGAAGAAUUAAAUUCGAUGAAAGUAUUAAACGUAUUUCCUCAAUGUCAAUGGUUCAAGAUGAUAAUGUCAUGGCUAAACCAGGGGAACUGCCAGGUCAGCUUCCAACUUUGUAUGACUUUCAUUUUGAUGGGUGUCAAAAAAAGUGGGUACCUUGGAGCAAGCUAGUUCCUCAAUACUUUCAUAAACUUGACGUGAAAUUUAUUGACAUUCUAGUUCCUACUGUGGAUACAACACGCACUACAUGGUUGUUAGAACAGAUGGUAAAAAUCAAACACCCUGUUGUUCUUGUUGGUGAAUCUGGUACUUCUAAGACUGCAACUACACAAACAUUUCUAAAAAACCUAAACCAAGACACUAAUGUGCUGCUAAUAAUUAACUUUUCUUCUCGCACAACAUCAAUGGAUAUUCAGAGAAACUUGGAAGCAAAUGUAGAGAAACGCACUAAGGAUACUUAUGGGCCCCCUAUGGGAAAGCGCCUCCUGGUUUUCAUGGAUGAUAUGAACAUGCCAAGGGUUGAUGAAUAUGGCACACAGCAACCAAUUGCCUUGUUGAAGUUGCUCUUGGAAAAAGGUUCCUUAUAUGACCGUGGUAAGGAGAUGAAUUGUAAGAGUCUUCGAGACCUUGGCUUUAUUGCUGCCAUGGGCAAAGCUGGAGGAGGUCGUAAUGAAGUUGACCCUCGAUUCGUUUCACUCUUCAGUGUUUUCAAUGUACCUUUUCCUUCUGAGGCAUCCUUGCAUUUGAUUUAUGCCUCCAUCCUGAAAGGUCACACUGAGAUUUUUAAUGACUCUGUAGCAGCGAUCGCUGACAAGAUGACGGUCUGUACUUUGGAACUUUAUAAAGCGAUUGUCCGGGAUCUACCCCCAACUCCUUCCAAAUUCCAUUAUAUUUUUAAUCUGCGUGAUCUCUCCAGAGUCUACAAUGGACUUGUUCUUACAACCCCAGAGCGGUUCCAAACAGUCACACAGAUGGUGCGAGUCUGGAGAAAUGAGUGCCUGAGAGUUUUCCAUGACAGAUUGAUCAAUGAAGUAGACAAGACACUGGUACAAGAGCAUAUACAAGCCUUGAUUCAAGAGCAUUACAAAGAUGAUUUAGAGCAGGCCAUGAGAGACCCUAUUCUUUUUGGAGACUUCAGAAUGGCACUGAAUGAAGAGGAACCUCGUGUUUAUGAAGACAUCCAGGACUAUGAUGCAGCAAAAGCUCUCUUUCAGGAGAUUCUUGAAGAGUACAAUGAAGUUAAUACGAAAAUGAAUCUGGUGCUUUUUGAUGAUGCUUUGGAGCAUUUAACCCGUGUGCAUCGCGUUAUACGGAUGGAUCGUGGCCAUGCCCUGCUCGUAGGAGUGGGAGGCUCAGGAAAACAGUCCCUGGCAAGACUGGCUGCAUAUACAGCUAGAUGUGAGGUGUUUGAAAUUGUUCUGAGUCGAGGAUAUGGAGAAAAUAAUUUCCGUGAAGACUUAAAAACAUUGUAUAUAAAGCUUGGUAUUGAGAACAAGUCGAUGAUUUUCCUGUUUACAGAUGCCCAUGUGGCAGAAGAAGGUUUUCUGGAACUCAUCAACAAUAUGUUAACUUCAGGAAUUGUACCAGCACUUUUUCCAGAUGAUGAAAAAGACUCCAUACUCAGUCAGAUUGGAGAUGAAGCUAUUAAAGCUGGAAUGGGACCUGCUAAAGAAAGUGUCUGGCAGUAUUUUGUAAAUAAGAGUGCAAACAACCUUCACAUUGUACUUGGGAUGUCACCAGUUGGUGAUACCCUGAGAACGCGGUGCAGAAAUUUCCCAGGUCUUGUCAACAAUACUGGUAUUGACUGGUUCUUGCCCUGGCCCCCACAAGCCUUGUACGCAGUUGCCAAGUGCUUUUUAGGGGAAAAUCCACUGAUCCCAUCAGAGCACACAGAGUUUGUGAUUGAGCACAUUGUCAUGGUGCACGAAUCUGUAGGGAAUUUCAGUAAAAAAUUUCUACAAAAGCUGAGACGCAGCAACUAUGUUACACCAAAGAAUUAUCUUGAUUUCAUUAAUACUUACUCAAAAUUGCUGGAAGAGAAAAAUCAGUUCAUUUUAGCACAAUGCAAACGUCUGGAAGGAGGAUUAGCUAAACUGAAGGAAGCUACUGUUCAGCUGGAUGAGCUAAAUGAGAAACUUGCAGAGCAGAAGAUUGUAUUAGCUGAAAAAUCAGCUGCCUGUGAGGCCUUGUUACAAGAGAUAGCAACCAACACAGCAAUAGCUGAGGAGAAGAAAAAAUUGGCUGAAGAAAAAGCAGUGGAGAUAGAAGAACAGAAUAAGGUCAUUGCUGUGGAAAAGAAGGAUGCUGAGACGUCCCUGGCUGAGGCCAUGCCUAUUUUAGAAGCUGCUAAACUGGAGCUGCAGAAGCUUGACAAGUCUGAUGUCACAGAGAUUAGAUCCUUUGCUAAGCCCCCUAAACAGGUGCAGACUGUUUGUGAAUGUAUCCUCAUAAUGAGAGGAUACAAAGAAUUAAACUGGAAGAUGGCCAAAGGAAUGAUGUCUGACCCAAAUUUCCUGCGAUCCCUAAUGGAGAUAGAUUUUGAUGGAAUUACUCAGACCCAAGUUAAAUCCGUCCGAGCUCUGUUAAAGAAUCUUAACACGACAUUUGAAGAAAUGGAAGCUGUUAGCAGAGCAGGAUUGGGAAUGUUAAAAUUUGUUGAUGCAGUAAUGAGCUACUGUGACGUAGCUAAGGAAAUCAGGCCAAAGAGAGAAAAGGUGGCUAGAUUGGAACGGAACUACUACUUAAGUAAACGUGAUCUGGAAAAGAUACAGACAGAGCUGGCGACUAUUCAGAGGGAGCUCAAAGCUUUGGGAGACAAGUAUGAAGCUGCAAUAAGGGAAAAACAACAGUUACAAGAAGAAGCAGAGAUCAUGGAAAGGAGACUUAUUGCUGCUGACAAGCUCAUCUCUGGCUUGGGAUCUGAAAAUAUAAGAUGGACAAAUGACUUAGAGGAGUUAAAAAUGCGAAAAGUGAAGCUGCUAGGCGACUGUCUACUUUGCGCUGCUUUUCUGAGCUAUGAAGGGGCGUUCAAUUGGGAUUUCCGUAAUGAGAUGAUCUACCAUGAGUGGCAAGAAGAUAUCCAAUCACGAGAGAUUCCUCUCAGCCAGCCUUUUAGAUUGGAAAACCUCCUGACUGAUGAUGUAGAGAUUAGCAGGUGGGGCUCCCAAGGUUUGCCUCCAGAUGAGCUCUCUGUGCAGAAUGGCAUUCUGACAACACGUGCUAGCCGAUUCCCUUUGUGCAUAGACCCCCAGCAGCAGGCAUUAAAUUGGAUCAGAAGAAAAGAAGAAAAAAAUAAUCUGAGGAUGGCUUCCUUUAAUGACCCUGAUUUCCUUAAACAACUAGAAAUGGCCAUAAAGUAUGGGAGUCCUUUCUUGUUCCAUGACGUAGACGAAUACAUAGAUCCUGUGAUUGACAAUGUCUUAGAAAAGAAUAUAAAAGUUACCCAGGGGCGAAUAUUUAUCGUGCUGGGUGAUAAGGAGGUAGACUAUGACAAUAACUUCAAAUUGUACUUGAACACAAAGCUAUCUAACCCUAAAUAUUCCCCGUCGGUGUUUGGAAAAGCCAUGGUUAUCAACUAUACAGUUACACUAAAAGGCCUGGAGGAUCAGCUGCUCAGUGUUAUUGUGGGGUUUGAAAGAAGAGAGCUAGAAGAGCAGAGAGAACAUCUCAUCCAGGAAACCAGCGAGAACAAAAACUUGCUGAAAGAUUUGGAAGACUCUCUCCUCCGGGAACUGGCCACUUCCACAGGAAACAUGUUGGAUAAUGUGGACUUGGUGCACACUCUGGAGGAGACAAAAGCCAAAGCUACUGAGGUAUCAGAGAAACUCAAGCUGGCUGAGAAGACGGCAGUGGACAUUGACAAGCUGCGAGAUGGCUACCGACCUGCUGCUAAGAGGGGUGCCAUUUUGUUCUUUGUUUUGUCUGAAAUGGCCCUUGUCAACACCAUGUAUCAAUACUCCUUGGCCUCCUUCUUAGAUGUGUUUGGGUUUUCACUUCGGAAAUCCAUGCCCAACUCAAUUCUUCCAAAGAGGCUAAAAAAUAUCAUGGAUACAUUGACAUUCAACAUCUAUAACUAUGGCUGCACAGGCUUGUUUGAGAGACACAAGUUACUAUUUUCCUUUAAUAUGACUAUCAAGAUAGAACAAGCUGAUGGUAGAGUCCCACAAGAAGAACUGGACUUCUUUUUAAAAGGCAAUAUUUCCCUGGAGAAGAGUACGCGAAAGAAGCCGUGUGCUUGGCUUUUGGAUCAAGGCUGGGAGGACAUAAUUCGCCUAUCUGAACUAUUUCCUGAGGAGUUUGGGUCUCUUCCAAAUGACGUGGAAAAAAAUCCUGAAAUAUGGAAAGAAUGGUAUGAUCUGGAUGCCCUGGAACAAUCACCAUUUCCCAUGCAAUACCAAAACAGUCUCACACAUUUUCAGAAGCUGCUGCUUUUGCGGUGUUUCCGAGUAGACCGUGUAUAUCGCGCAGUGACUGACUACGUUACUCUGACAAUGGAUGAGAAAUAUGUUCAGCCUCCUGUGAUCAGCUUUGAAGCUAUCUUCGAGCAGAGCACCCCUAACUCGCCCAUUGUUUUUAUCCUAAGUCCUGGCUCUGACCCUGCCAGUGACCUCAUGAAACUGGCUGAUCGGACAGGCUUUGGAGGGAAUCGCCUCAAGUUCCUCGCCAUGGGACAAGGCCAAGAAAAGGUUGCACUACAGUUGCUGGAGAAUGCAGUGGCUCGCGGACAGUGGUUAAUGUUGCAGAAUUGCCAUCUUUUGGUGAAAUGGCUGAUUGAUUUGGAGAAAGCAUUGGAGAGAAUUACUAAACCUCAUCCAGACUUCCGCCUGUGGCUGACUACUGACCCUACUCAGGGCUUUCCCAUUGGAAUACUUCAGAAGUCUUUAAAGGUUGUAACAGAACCACCGAAUGGGCUGAAACUGAAUAUGAGAGCCACCUACUUCAAAAUUCCCCAUGAAGCCCUUGAUCAAUGCCCUCAUGGCGCAUUUAAAUCACUGGUCUAUGUCUUAGCAUUUUUCCAUGCGGUGGUUCAGGAGAGAAGGAAGUUUGGGAAGAUUGGCUGGAAUGUACCAUAUGAUUUUAAUGAAUCUGAUUUCCAGGUGUGCAUGGAAAUCCUGAAUACGUACUUGACCAAAGCCUACCAGCAAAAUGAUGACAAAAUUCCCUGGGGCAGUCUCAAGUAUCUCAUUGGAGAGGUCAUGUACGGUGGGCGUGCAAUUGACAGCUUUGAUCGUCGCAUUCUGACAAUAUAUAUGGAUGAGUAUUUAGGGGAUUUCAUAUUUGACACAUUCCAACCAUUCCAUUUUUAUAAAAAUGAAGAGGUUGAUUAUAAAAUCCCAGCAGGGAGUUCAAAGGAUGACUUUGUUGAGGAGCUAGAAUCUCUACCACUUGCUAAUACCCCAGAGGUGUUUGGGCUUCACCCCAAUGCUGAAAUCGGAUACUAUACACAGGCUGCUCGAGACAUGUGGUCUCAUCUUCUUGAGCUGCAACCUCAAACAGGGGAAUCUGGCAGUGGAAUUGGUCGUGAUGAAUACAUUGGACAGGUUGCAAAGGACAUAGAAAACAAGAUGCCUCAAAUAUUUGAUCUUGACCAGAUAAGAAAGACUUUGGGAAUAGAAAUUUCACCAACAACAGUUGUGCUGUUGCAGGAAUUGGAACGUUUUAACAAACUGAUCAUUCGUAUGACAAGAUCUCUGGCAGAACUACAAAGAGCCUUGGCUGGGGAAGUUGGAAUGAGCAGUGAACUGGAUGAAGUGGCCCGGGCUCUCUUUAAUGGACAGAUCCCUAGCAUCUGGAGAAAGCUGGCACCUGACACGCUAAAAACACUUGGAAAUUGGAUGAUUUACUUUAGGAAUAGGUAUAACCAGUACAUCUCCUGGGUUAAUGAGGGCGAACCAAAUGUUAUGUGGCUCUCAGGACUACAUAUUCCCGAGUCUUAUCUCACAGCUCUUGUUCAAGCCACCUGUAGGAGAAAUGGCUGGCCGCUGGAUCGCUCCACCCUGUACACACAAGUGACCCAGUAUGGUACUGCAGAGGAAGUCACCGAGCGCCCUGGGCAAGGAUGCUUUGUUUCUGGUCUGUAUCUGGAAGGAGCAGACUGGGACAUUGAGAAUUGCUGUCUUGCUCGGAGCAAGCCCAAAGUCUUGACGGUAGAUUUACCUAUUCUAAAGAUAAUUCCUAUUGAAUCACAUCGGCUCAAACUACAGAACACAUUCCGGACACCUGUGUACACAACCUCCAUGAGAAGAAAUGCCAUGGGCAUUGGCUUAGUUUUUGAAGCCGAUCUUUCAACCGUAAAGCAUAUUUCCCACUGGGUGCUGCAAGGGGUCUGUCUCACUUUGAACUCUGACUGACACCUUAAACUGUCCAUUUCCCACACCCAAAAUGCAUUGGUGGAUAGCUGAGAACAACUUAUGAAGUCAAAUUAAGCCAAGAAGCACAGGAUCAAGUUUUUUGUGCCGCACGUUUUCAAGAGAAUUCACAGCAAUUUUUCCUAAGACAUUAAGAUUUAGUAAAUAUAAAGCACCAUGCAAUUUAACUUAUAUUUAAUUUUGUCUUCACAUUUAAAGAAUUUUAGCCAUUUAUGUCAAUUUGUAUCUAACUUUUUCUAUACUUUUGAAAAAUAAAGGUUUUAGCCUUUUAGGCUGGAGAGUUCUUAAAACAAAAUAAUUUCACACAUAAAUACUGUCAUAGAUUGGUAUAAUAAGAAACUUUUUUCACUUCCCCCUGCUACUGUCUUCCUUUAGAA